CGUUGGAUUUGCAGAGUGUCUGCGGCAAACCAUGAGAAGAAAAACUGAAAGAAUCAUCGGAAUGAAAAAUGUCGGAAGCCUUCUUCGGCUUCAUUAGCAAUCUUAGUUAGCCUAACACGCUUCUUCUGGUUAAAGACUUCCACCUUACGCUCGAAGUCAUGCUCGCCGCAUAUUCUUUCACAAGCCCUAGUUUUCUUAGUGCCGCUUCUAAAUCCUUUGGGGUCGUCAACCCCGUUCCACUACCGCCAGCAAGCCAUCGCUGCAUUUCGCGCUCUGCUGCUGUCCGAUUUGGAGUUAAAUGCACUGCUACCAGGCCCCCAAAAUCCCCCGCCGAGGAAGAUUGGAAGGUCAAGCGAGAUGUUUUGCUGCAGAAGAGGGUAAGAAGCGUGGAAGUGAAGGAAGCUCUACGCCUUCAGACGGAAAACAAUUUUGUGAUUCUAGACGUACGCCCUGAGGCAGAGUUUAAAGAGGCACAUCCCCCUGGCGCCAUCAAUGUUCAAAUUUAUAGGUUAAUAAAGGAAUGGACGCCAUGGGACAUUGCUCGCCGUGCAGCUUUCUUAUUCUUCGGCAUAGUUUCUGGCACAGAAGAAAAUCCUGAUUUCUUAGAGGUUGUGGAGUCCAGGCUAGACAAAGAUGCUAAAAUUAUAGUUGCCUGCUCAUCCGGUGGAACGAUGCGUCCUUCUCAAAAUCUCCCACAGGGCCAGCAGUCAAGAUCUUUGAUAGCAGCUUAUCUCCUAGUUCUUAAUGGCUACAAUAACGUUUAUCACCUGGAUGGAGGGCUCUACACCUGGCUCAAGGAGGGGUUGCCAUCUGUUUCUGAAGAGUAAGAAGAAAAAGCUUGCUAAUUAUUUUUUGAUUUUAAGCUGCUUUCUUUUUGUAGAACUCAUGAAAAUCAAAAUCAAUUUGUGUGGAUGCUGAGUAGCUUGAUCUGUAUAGGCUGACCAUGAGAAAUUUCCCUUUCCAAAUAGCAGAAAACAGUUGGUUUUUAUUCAAAAACAAGGCAAAUUUCACUUAAAUAGAGAAGGGAUGGAUGAAUACUUGCCUGCGAAUUAUGAAAGCAUUACUUUGACGAGCAAAUUGAAUUACUCGAUUUCUGCCAAAA